CGUUGGCCUCGCAGUUUUUCACCGAAAAGGUUUUGUAAAAACACCGUGCCAAACUGUCAGAGAAGCAGGUAAACUAAAGUCCACCUUGUCGGAUCGGCCACUGAAAAGCCGGAUUAAACAAACAACGGACACGUUACCGAACAGCUCGGAAAGGUGCAGAAAGGAAACAUCAGAUGAAAAUCUAUUAGCUGUUGCGAAUUGUUUGUUUUUGCUGUGCUAUUCGUGUUUUUGUUGUUGUGCAUAUGAUUGUGUCUCUGUUGUUGUUGGUGGUGGUGUUGCUGUUGUAACUCGUGACGACGGAAAUUAGUAACAAAGUGAAAAUUGAGAGUUCAAAAAAGAAGAGAACCCCGAAAUAACUGUUGUGUGGGUGCGAUUGAUUUUUAUGCUUUGUCGUCUGGUUUGUUGUUCUUGCUGUCAGAGGGUGGUUGCAACGGAAAAGCAACCCACCACCCCCUGGGUUUUUGAACUCCAGCUUAUGAAAAACAGCUGCAGCGAUUGCCACACAAAAAUUCAAAUGUUUAAGUGAGAAAAGCGAAAGAGAAGUGAACUUAGCGCUUAUUGAAUUAUGGCUAAACACGCUGACUAGACCAAAUCGAAAGAACAAAUGAGUGCUAUAAUAACAAAAGUGCCAGAAAGUGAAACAAUAACAACAACAGCAACGACAGCAGUCGUGUUAUUGUCCACUCAGCUUGUUUUUGUUGUUCGCUUUGUGGCCCUGUUUUUCGCUUCUGUUUUGCGCUUCUGAUUCUGAAGUCGCCUGCUUCUUGUGCCGCCUCCCCUUCCUCCCACCAUACAUCCCUCCCUCCCUCUCUUUCUGACCGCCGUCUCUCUUUUUUACGCGCAUGUGGAUUCAUUUUAUUGGUGCUCAAGUAUCGCAUGAUAAUCUCACGCUACGUCCCUCGUAAUUGUUGUUGUAAUCGCUGUCGUUCUGUCAGCAGAAUGUCUUUAUUGUUAUUGUUGUUGUUGUGCUUUUCCGCCUAACACACACUAACACGCGCACACACAGGCACACUUGCCGAAAAAUUGAAGCCAUUCUCGCCGCAAAUCAAAUUCAAUUGAGGGAAACUAUCAACUAACCCGCAUAAAACCGCUUGCAAGCCAACCGCUUAAAUGUCACAGCAUUCGAAAAAGGAAACCACCAGCAGCAGCGGUAGCCAUGCGGCCCAGAGCAAUCGUCACAACAACAUCGGCGGCGGCGGCGGAAACGGCAAUAGCAACAGCAUCAGCGGUAGCAGCAACAACAAGAGCCACAAGCGGCAGGCGGCCAAUGGCAGUCUAAAGUCGCCACUCCUGACAAUCACCAACAUCAACUCCCACAGCCAAAAAGGCGCUUUGAAAUCGCCCGUCAGCAAAGUCAAGCAGAGCAGCAACAGCAGCAGUAGCAACAGUAACAGCAAAACCCUCAGCGGGAGCAGCAUGCAGGAGACCGGCUCAUCCGCCACAUCCUUGCUGGCCGCUGGCGGCAAGGCGAAGAAGAACCAAAAAGACAAGCAGCGCGAGCGGGAACGCUUGGAACGCGGCCAGCUGGUCCUCUGGCGUCGUCCCCUGCAGACCACCAAGUACUGCGGCCUCGAGCUGUUCACCUUGCUGCGCACGUGGAGCACCAGAUUGCUGCAACAGCGUCUCCUGUUGGCCACUCUGAUAGUAUUAAGCAUCGUAUUUAGCGUAAUUUACAAGAUAGACGGUCCCCAUCAGUUGGCCAUCGAGUUUGUGCGCCGGAACACCUGGUUCUUUGUCUACUGGUUGGGUCUGGGCGUGCUCUCCUCGGUGGGCUUGGGCACCGGACUGCACACGUUUCUGCUCUAUCUGGGGCCGCACAUAGCCAGUGUCACGCUGGCCGCCUACGAGUGCAAUUCCCUGCGAUUCCCACAGCCACCGUAUCCCGAUGAUAUUAUCUGUCCCGAGGAGCCGUACGACAAACAUGUGCCAAAUAUCUGGUCCAUUAUGUCCAAGGUGCGCCUGGAGGCCUUCCUCUGGGGAGCGGGCACAGCGCUGGGCGAACUGCCACCGUACUUUAUGGCCAAGGCGGCUAGGCUGUCCGGCUACGAUCCGGAGGACGCCGAGGAGCUGGCCGAGUUCGAGGCCCUCAACGCGAAGCGUCACCAAAAGAACCUCAGUAUGAUGGACAGGGGCAAGCUAUUCAUGGAGCGCGUUGUGGAGCGCGUCGGAUUCUUUGGCAUCCUGGCCUGUGCAAGCAUUCCCAAUCCCCUAUUCGACCUGGCGGGUAUCACCUGCGGUCACUUCCUGGUGCCAUUCUGGACUUUCUUUGGCGCCACCCUGAUCGGCAAGGCGGUGAUCAAGAUGCACAUCCAGAAGAUCUUUGUGAUCAUCGCAUUCAACGAGACGCUAAUCGAGCGAGCCGUCGAUCUGUUGGCCACGCUGCCAGUGCUUGGCCACAAGCUGCAGGAGCCGUUCAAGUCCUUCCUGAAAAACCAAAAGCAGCGUCUGCAUCGCCAGCAGCGAGGAGCGGCCGGUGCGACAACCGGAGCUGGAGAUUCGGGGAAUUUGCUGUCGCGCAUCUUCGAGACAUUCGUGAUCGGCAUGGUGUGCUACUUUGUGGUGUCCAUCGUUAACUCCUUGGCCCAGAGCUACCACAAGAGGCUUCACAAAAAGCCGGCGAGCCCAGUAGCUGCGACCACGCCCACUCGCCAGUCGACGGGGGCGAGCAAGAAGGCGGGCAAGCAGAAAGCUUUACGGGACUAGAAAAUCAGUGGAUCAGUCUUCUGUUGAUCUUUUUCCCCAACCCUUGGUUUUCGUUUAAAUUAUUUUGUAUAUUGCGGCUUUCGCUCUUAGUCAAAUGAUGUAUCUUAUGUGAGUGUGUCGGCGAGAGAAAAGGAGACGGCGUGGAAGCCUGAGGAAUUUACCAUGUAGACUAGACUAGGGAAAAAAACAGAAAUGAAUAAGUAACGCGAGUAGCAGCAUCCUAUUUUAGAAUGUACAACAAACAAUACCUUAGCAAUUUUCCGUGUGAGUUCGUUUAACUAAAGUAACGAAAGUGAGGGAGACGCAGCUAGUCGCGACUAAUGAAAAGCAAAUUGUGCAAAAGACAAACCAGCCAGAGUAAGCAGAGAGCGCUAAAAAAGUAAAAGAUAAAUAAAUAAUUAUUAUAAUAAUUAUAAAAGGAAAUAUGUAGACAGAAGC